AUGCAAGAAGCGCACGUGGUGGCAAUAGAGCGGGCGAGCUUUGAGACGAAGCGAACAAUAGUAGAAAGUACGGCGAUUAUUGAAAGAAUUGGUUGCGGAAGGAUUAAAGAUAACCAAAGAAGGAUGGAAUGCAGAGCGAAGAUAAUAAUAGAGAAGGAGGCGGUGGAAAAGAUAGUGGAAGAAAAAGUAUGGAAGAUGAUAAAGAAAGUUAACGAGGAAUGUAAAAGAAGAGAAGAGGAGAUGAAGGAGGAGAUAGAGAGAUUGAAAAAAAAGGUGGAUAGGAUGGAACAGAGCGGAGGCAAAAGGAAGAGGAAUGAUAGUGAAGAGAGUAAGACUGGUAAGAAGAAAUGGUGGGCGGAGGAGUUGGAAAGGAGCGACAACGAGAAGAGAAGGAACAACGUGAUAAUAAGGGUUGAGAAGAAAAGAUGGGAAGGAGAGGGAUCAAAUUGGGAGAAGGUGAAGGAAUUGUUUGCGGAUGGAUUAAAGGUGAAAGUGGAGGUAAAAGAAGUAAUUGUGAUAGGAGUGAGAGGGGACUGGAUAACGAUAUUAGUAAAAAUGAGGAGUGAGGAGGAUAAGUGGAAGGUUUUGGUGGCAAGGAGAAAGGAAGGGAGUAGAUUAAGAGUAAAAAUGGACGAAGAUAAAUCGGUGGAGACAAGGGAAAGAGAAAGAGAGGAGAAUAAAAGAAGAAAAGAAAGAAGAGAGGAGGAGAGCGGGAGUUUGAAGAAAACUGAGAAGGACGAGAUUACGAAAAGGAUGAAGGAGAGUCCGAUGAUGGAGUCGGGCGAGGAGAAAGAUGAUAAGAAAGAAAAGUAAGGACAGUGAAAGAAGGAAGGAAAGCGCCGAACGCAAGGUGGGGGAAAGCCGGCCAAAAGCGAAGAGGCCCGCCAGGAAGGAGAAAGUCAGAGAGAUGCGGAUCUGGAGAAAACGGAGGGAGAGUGACAGAUGCGUGCCGGAUGAAAAGGGAGGGGAAAAGAAAUAUAAUGUUAGGUCGCAUAUGGCCAGGUUGGGUCACGGGUAUAUGUGUAAAGGGUUGGGUACGUCCCUGUAAAACGCCAUGAUACAAAAUGUGUUGAA